UUUGCAGCAUGGCGCGGAAGUAAUGUGGCAGCGUGACCGCGGCUACACGCAGGCCAACUGCAGUUUGCACGCCAAAGAACCACGCGGUUCGUGUGGCGUAGUUAAAAUUAUAGUAUACGAAAGUAUCCCGCAGUCUUGCACUGCUCGACGCGAGUCGUUAAAGCGGAUUUUCUAACAGUGUCGGUCAUCAAGUCGACAGCAAGGCUAGCAAUUUUGUGUCUGUGCGGAAAAUCAGAGUUGGUCUCCAACUUCGACUUGGAACCAACUUACCAGCCAUGAGCUGUUGGGAGGACAUGAUACGAGCUGUUGGGGAGAUGGGGGACACCGAUGAGCUUGCCAACAGGGAAGACCUUGUCAUGUUGAAGCUUGAGAAGCCGUUACCAAGUGGCCGUACCAUCCCCCAACAAGUGACAGCCAACGCCAGCCGCUCUGUGCUCACAACAGACCUGGAAGGCCUUACAGGCUGCCGAAGCUUUCUUAUUAAGCAGUGCUAUUCCACAGUGCUCUUUGCCGGUUUACCCGCGCUGAAGUCAACGAAGGGAUUCCUCGCCGCUGCAAAGGACAUCGUCGGGAAGGCACAGGAGCUGAUCAUUGUGCACAACAGGGACCUGGUAGCAGACCUGAUGUCCUGGUUCUCCAAGGUGACUAGGUUGAUCCUGUACCACGACCUGAUGCUGCAGAUGGAGAGCUCAAGUCACGUGCGGGAGAUGGCACACACGUCACGCCUCUGCCAGGUCUGGGGCACCACACCAGCAGUCGGCACCGAAGAGCUCUUCCUUUGCCCUCUGACGCUCACUACACUGGUUGCAAACUGUCCCAUGCUGUCAGAAAUCCAGGCACCGCUGGACGAGAUUGUGAUGCUCGCGGACCGGUUUCGGAUACAGUCGCCACAUCCGCCACCCCUGCUCAGUGAAUGCCGGGAGCUGAUGCUGGGCUCCCACUUCCUACGGCCGAACCGCAAUGCCAUAAUGAUGGACGAUGCAAGCCUGGCUUGCAUAGAAAAGGCACUCGAACGGUAUCCGCACCUCGAGCAGCUGCAGGUAACAACGACAUCCCGGAAGGUCCUUACCCGCAUCACAGAGUUCUCUAGGCUGAAGCGCAUUAACAUAAUGUACGCCGCUCAAGGUGGAAUGUGCCCUUUCGACCCUUACAUCACCAAGAUGCUGCAAGCGCUGUCCCUGACACACCUGACGCUGAAGUACUUCGAAGGGGCACAUCUUUCAACCAUUGCCCGUACCUGCAAAAACCUCGAGUGCCUUUCCCUGUUGGGCUGCAACAUCUGUAAUGAGAAGAUUCAAUCCGGCAUGUUUUCAAAACUGAAAUCGCUCGAGAUCAGCGACUCCAUCAUGGAUGACGCAUUCUUCACUCUCCUGAACGUCACCGAGGGCCUUACCAACCUUUACCUCGAUGGUGAGUGGAUCAUCUCGGCGUAUGUCGGCGGGCCGCCCGACACGUCGCACCGGCGGCCCAUCCAUCCAGCCAUGGAGCAGCUCACCCUCGUCACAAACUGGACGCUGCCGCAAUUGUGUGUGGUGCCCGAGGAAGUGCGCAGGUUGGUGGAGUCGAUGCCGGUGCUCAAGCGCCUGAGCACGGACAGCUACGACAUCCGCCUGUGCGUGCAGAACUACUACCCACGCGUGACGGUGGCAUGGACGACGUGCACGACCUGCACGGCGGAGUUCCCAAAGAUUGGCAUAAUGCAGCAUGAGAUCUGGCAUAUAGCACACUGCGACGAGGAAGAUGAAGAAAAAAAGUAGCCGUGAAAAGCUCUGCACUCUUCAUUUCUAUCGACAAAGACAACGAACAGCGUCACAAGAGCACUGCUGAUCAUUGGGCAAACACCUCCACAUCAGUACACAGAUGCUUGGUGCAAUACAGAAUGAUGUCAUGUGUAGCAAACAGUAAGCAAGCAAACAGGGUACUGAUGAACGCCCCUCUGAAGUCUUCUAGUGUCCAUUCAUGUGAAAAGCCUCUGUGUGCUUAAACAUGGGCGUUGCACCAUUGAUGCGAACUGCUGACGGUGCUCGAAACAGCAGCACAGUACAAAGCAGAGAUCUGAUCCACAGGCCAAGGAAGUGAAAACAAAAGAUACUCUUCAUGACACUGUAAAACAAGCAUGUGCUUUGAAAGUGUGGGAGUUGCUCUUCUUCAGGAUGGCUACCAGCAUCAAGGAAUUGUGCACCAUUUUAGCAAGUGGCCAUAUAGUUGCUUCCGAAAGGCAUAUUGCAGGAUGUACUAAACUGCUUCAACACAGAAAGUGUAACGACUGUCCAACAUUCAGGAGGAGGAGGAGGGGGGAUGCCCAACAAAAACGUGAUAUCCUACAUGGCCUGCUCGCACAAUGGUGUUCCCAGAGGCUGGUGCACAGAACAUUUACCAGAUCACAUUGUUAGUGUAUAGUAGCAGAGAAGAGCAUUAAUUCCUCCACCUGAAACUCUGUAGUCUUUGUCCCUAGUUGCAAGCCAAGUUCUCUGCAAUGUCACUCUCAAAAAUGACUCUUAUAACCAGCAGGAAGAAGCUACACAAUCUUUCAUGAAUUACUGAUGAUGUGAAAGGCUGACACUGUGUGGCAUGUAACUUAAUCAAAUUCCCAGAGCCACUAGUGGCCAAUUAUAAUUUGCAGGGGUGUGCACAUAGCAAAAAUUUGGAGGACGUUUAAUCUUUGCCUUUAAGGGUGGAACACGAUAGCAUUCAAAGAUUCCGAACUGCUUCUCAUGCUUCCCUGCAACUGAAGCUUAUGUAACCGUAAAGUUUACUGGGAAAUGCUGGCAGCAAAUGCUGUGCACGAAGGCAAGCUUUCUGGUAGAAACGCGGCCUCUUGCAUGGGUGGAUCCCAAAUGUGCACAGCAGCACAAAAAAAAAUUACAUAUUGUUCAGGUUUCUGUUAUUGUUUUGCACUUUUAAUGUUUAAGUCUGGGAAGAUUUAACAUAAAAGGCAUGCGCUUUUGGUGCUCUGUUUCACGACAUUUGUUUGUGGCCUGUCAUUCUCAAUAUGCCGUAGGAUAACUUCGUCAAAAAUGUAAGACAAGGUAUGAGCAACUUUAGUGAUAGAAUGGUACGACAGUAUAUAACCCGCAUACACUUCAUGUCGUAUAGCAAGGCGUGGCAUAAAUGUACCUAUAAAUAUAAAUAUACCUAAAUAUAUACAGUAAAAGCUCAUUAAUUCGAGGUCAUUGGGACCACAAAAAAUCUUCAAAUUAAGCAGGUUUUCGAAUUAGCCGAACACACCAAAAAAUGCAACCCAGGCAAAGCAUUUUGCUUCAGGAAUGCGCUACCUUUAUUCGGCGAUCUUUGGAUUACUUAAUGUAAUCAGAGAUGCUGUUUUGCCAUGUCCUGUAGUUUGAGGCUCCGAGGGUCUAUGUUUUCUAAUUGGCCAGCUACGUACAUCAUAUGAGAAUCUCCACCGUGGCACUCAACAAAACUGCAAAUGUUCAGCAAUCUGAUAACUUCCCCGAGACCAGAUGCUCAUGAGGGCUCGUUGCCGUCGUCGCUGUCAUCGCACAUGGUCACAUCAGCAGUAGCUUCACUCUCCAAGUCUGAGUGGCACGUUCGUUGAUCGUUUUUAAAGUUCAGAUACGUGGCGAAGCCGGCUGCACCAGAUUCGCUAUCCUCUGUGCAGAUUACAUUGAUGGGGUCGCAAUCCUCGGCUCCUCCUUCAUCAAGUGCACACGAAUAGUCAGCAUCAGCAUCGACGGUGCUUUCCUUCGAGAAGCCAGCGUGCUCAAAACACCGCAUUAUCAAAGUGGGUUUCGCUUGCUUCCAUGCAUUCACAAUAAGACAUAUGGCUCUGAGGAGGUCGAUGGAGUACUCCUUGACAUUGUCGUAGCGAAGGAGCGUGCGCUUGAGCAGGUGGUGGCGGUAAAUCUUCCUCGUGUGAGGAAUGACGCCUUGGCCCAUUGGCUGCGAGAUCAACGUGGUGUUCAGAGGAAUAAAUUCUGAUAGCUUUCAGGUGUGAGAUAUCACCACGCACCAGGCAAUUAUCAACAACGAAGAGUACAUUCCUCCUGUGGCCGUGAACUUGUGGUCAAGCUGCCAAACGUAACUUUCAAAUAUUGCCCCUGUGACCCAGGCUUUCUUGUUGUGCCGGUAGAUAGGCUCAUCCCUUGGCAGCAGCCGUGCAUUUUUAAAGCAGCGAAGCUUCCCACUCUUUCCACCUUAACGUUACAGCGCAAACACCUAAGACGAUGCACAAAAAGAAAGAAGGGACACACACUGGCGCUGACUAACAACUUCUUUUUUUCUUUCGUCAUCGAUGCAUAUAUAUACCUAAGCCACACAUCUGCGCAGGUGCAGAGAAUACAUUACUGACAUCUGCCAGCUUAUCGUAUACGCAAACAUAGGAAUUAAAAUUCUAAUGGGUGUAGGGACAAAGAUGUGUCACUAAUGCAAUUAUGUAUUGCCUUGUCUUUUUAUGUGGUAGGCCUCUAAGGCAAGCCGCGCUUGUUCAUUCUUGCUUUUUCCAAGAAUUAAUGUCCGAUCAAGUGGCGCCUCACAAUUGCUGCAAGAGCUUAUAUGCGCAACAAGGUGCGCUUUAUCUACAUUUUUGUUUACUUUUUGCGCAUGUUCCCUGAGUCGCUCAUUGACGCAACGCCCUGUCUGGCCAACAUAUGUCUUACCACAUGAGAGUGGAAUGCCAUAAACCACGCCGACAGCGCAGGACACGUAUGAGGCACCAUGCCGAAUUUGUCAUCCUCCUCUGCUCUCUCCGCAGGUGCGGGAACAUAGUUUUGAAAGCUUAUUUGGCGCAGAAAUUGCCAAAGGAACACCAUGCCUGCAAGCAACUUUCUUGAGUUGAUGGGUCACCUUAUGCAUAUAAGGGACCACCGCAGGCCUUCGCAUUUCACGUUUGAUGGCCGGCCUUUUUGUGGUUUUUCUUCUCUGGAUCAGAGCUUCAACCACGGCAGUCAAAAGCGACAUAGGAACCCAGCUGCCAAAAGUUUGCUGAUCUGAUUAUCAAAACUUUCUUGCAUCUUGUGCACACACGAACUCUUAAGAGCCAAUUCUAUGCAUGACGACGCAAUACCUCUUUUCACAAUCUUCGAGUGUGUAGACCUGAAGGACAACAGUUCCUUUUUCGCACGGGGUUGAUACGCCCAACACACAUGGCGUUCAUAGAAUUCAAGCUUCAGUUCCAAGAACUGCAAUAUAUUGUUUUGUGGACUCUCGUGGGUAAACACAAGACCUUGUCUGUGUACCUUAAAAUCCUCUAAAACCUUAUUGAUCAUAUCCUGGUAGAACGAGCCAAGCGGUAAAAAUGCCGAAAAAUCAUCAACGUACCUAAAAACUUUUAAAACUUUCCACUCAUUAAAAGCAUGGUCUAAAGAAUUAUCCACACUAGACAAAAAAAUAUCCACAAGGACGGGAGCAACACAUGAUCCAUACAAAUACCAUUCCGUUGUAAAUACGGUUGGUCAUUAAAAACAAUAAAGGUAGCUCGAAGGUAACAUUCUAAAAGACUUUAAAAAUUACCCACUGAAAGUCCGGUAUGAUUCUGGAACGAGAUCGUACUGCUAUAUUCAAUACAUUCAUGUACCGAAGACAGGAGUUCACGCUGUGGAACUCAAUAGAAUAAAUCUUCAACAUCAACAGAAAAGCCAAACCUACAUCCUUGUUCCCAAGCAAGAACUGCACCACAUAAUUCGAAUUCUUUGUUCGGAAAGGGUUGUUCACUGUUUUUUUUUCUCUUUCCGACUACAAGUAGUGGCAGCUUGUGUUUACCGCACAUGUUUGCGCCGAACAGAAUGGUAAUUCUUUGCUUGCCCUGCUUUCAACCCUUGACUGCGGUGUCCUUCGCUGCGAACAUUUUUGUGGGCAUCAUCUUGUAAAAAAGGGCUGCCUCGUCAAGGUUGUACACAUCGUCUGCACCUUACUCUCUAAGCAAUGGAGCCAAUGUGUGUUUCUUCCAGUCGUCGAUGACACUCUCGUUUGCGCUGCCGCUGUCGCCACAGAUGGCUACGAAGGUCAAAUGAUUGCACUCUCUAAAAUGGCUGAACCAUCCAUUGCUACACUUGAACUCUUCGUGCCUGAGUUGUAGAGCCAAGCCAUUGGCCUUCUCUCGCAGUAUUGUUCCAUUGAUGGGAAGGUGGGUUGCGUUUGCUUUCCGCAACCAGCGAAGUAAAGCGGAUUCCACAUCUUGGUACAUGGGAGCCUGUACUCACGACUGCUACGAAGAUUAUGUCUUGCUGUAGGCCUCCAGUACCUUCGACUUGUUCUUCAAUUGUGGUCAACAUCGAAAGGGGCACGCUGUACCUUUCAGCCAAUUCGGUCUUGGAACAUGUGUUCUUACCUGCUUCUUGGAUCAAGCAGAACUUCUGCUGCAGCGUUAAAGUCUUAUACUUUGGCAUCUUCUCUCACUGGUACUCCUGCAUAGUUCAGAAAAAAAAAAAAGAACACCACGCUAGGUGCAACACCCCUAACCACCUUCCACAAAGAAAUGGCGCAGACCGGCGUUGCAUGCACACACGUCGCCGCAGGUGCAGAGAGAGGAUGAGUGAACAGCAGCCAGUGGCAGCGGCACGGAACACGCACUGACGCUGGCACCGCUGAGACUGCGAGGAGCGUGCGGAGUGGGAGAAGAGAGCACGUGACAAAAACCGUAUGCCCGCUGCGUUGCAGUGAAGCAUGUCUUCUCCUCUGCAAGCGCGCAUUUCGGCAGUGCGCGGGCCAUACCGUGGACUGAUUUUUUGUGCUAGCAGUACUACGGGUCAGGCGUUUCGUCUAUAAAUAAUCAAGAGACUGCUAUGUGGCAUCUCCUCGCGGCGCCGAAUGGCCGUCGUUUCGUUGGGUUUGCGGUGAAAUGGGGAUCAGAAAUUGCCGCAUAGCACCCCAAAUCUUCAAGUUAACUGGGUUCACCUAGGCCGCCGUUUCGAAUUAUCCGGUCAAAUUUACAUUGGAAAAUACGGGACCGCUGAAAACCUUCGAAUUAUCCGUGAGUUCGAAUUAACGAGGUUUUACUAUAUACGGAAAUUUUCACCCACGAACAACUCUGCAGACAAUGAAUUUUCUGCAACACGGGGCCUUUAAGGCUAUUGCGUUAGAAUUUUCUAAUACAAAUUGAAUAUGAAUACAUAUUUGAAUACUAAAUUGAAUAAUGAUAUGCACAUGCAUUUAGUUGCAAGUUGGGCUAUUUUAAAAUGUUGGAACUUCGUUCUGUCAGAACAUGUUGGACUGUUGGGAUUGGUAGACAUGCUGGUACCUUUCCACGGUUGAGUUGUGAUUGGCUGGCAUGUUAGUGCCUUGGCUUGGUCAAUAUUUAUGAUUGACUGGCAUGCUGGUGCCUUUCUUUGCAAGGUGUGUUGUUUGGCCAGUUGGUUUAUGAUACGGAAUAAACGGACACAUUCACUGCGGCA